GGGGGCCGCUCUUUGGUGCCCUAUGCCCAGAGGCUGAGUUCUUUCCAGGCCUCUUCGGGCCCUGCCAGCUCUCUUGCGCCAUUCUCAGCUUUGGAGUGAACCUACUUCCUCUGAGCUCUUUCCCGGAAGAGUAGGGUAGAGACGCCGGCCGCCCAGCUGGGCCUGUGAUUCUCCGCUGCCUCCCUUCACCCAGUCUGCGCCCACCCAUCCUUCGGGCUCUCCUGGUCUCCGCCUGCCAGCUCCCUCGGUGACCGCCCUUGCUCAACGAAAAUUUACCCGCUUGCCCUAACCCUUCAGACCCUGAGCUGCUGGCCGCCUUGUUCUACCAAAGUUUACCCACAGAACCGGGGGGAGAUUUAUUAUGUUUGAUUGUUAACGUGCAUUCUAAGCCUCUAACUUUAAAAAGGCAAGCAUGGCAUCAUCUGCCCAGCGAAAAAGGAUGAGUCCUAAGCCAGAGCUUACUGAAGAGCAGAAACAGGAAAUCCGGGAAGCUUUUGAUCUCUUUGAUGCUGAUGGAACUGGGACCAUAGAUGUUAAGGAACUUAAGGUGGCAAUGAGGGCACUGGGCUUUGAACCCAAGAAAGAAGAGAUCAAGAAAAUGAUAAGCGAAAUCGAUAAGGAAGGCACAGGAAAAAUGAAUUUUAGUGACUUUUUGACUGUGAUGACUCAAAAAAUGUCUGAGAAAGAUACCAAAGAAGAAAUUCUGAAAGCUUUCAAGCUCUUCGAUGAUGAUGAAACUGGAAAGAUAUCAUUCAAAAAUCUGAAGCGCGUGGCCAAGGAGUUGGGUGAGAACCUCACUGAUGAGGAGCUGCAGGAAAUGAUUGAUGAGGCUGAUCGAGAUGGAGAUGGAGAAGUCAAUGAGCAGGAGUUCCUGCGCAUCAUGAAAAAGACCAGCCUUUACUAAGAUCAGUCUCUUCUUUCCAUAUUGGGUGAAACCUGGGUUUUGAGAACAUAAACUGUUUUCUCCUACUGACCUCCCUGCAUAACUUUAGUAACAAUCUUGAAUCUCUUUUGGGUAUUUGAAAGUGUUCUUUGACGUUUAAGUUCUUUGUAAGGUGACCUUCUGAUUGCUUUAGUUCCCCAGAGCAAAACAAGAGAACAUCAGGGUGGCGAAAAGUGACUUAAAGCUUUCACCCACCUGCAUUUCUGCCUGUAUCACCUCACUCUUGUCAUGCAUUUCCACAUUGAUGCCACCACAGAAUGACUUCUUAGACAAGCACAUGUACUCAUGCCACCAGAAGCAGGGGGCAUCUCAUUGAUGUUUCUGGUUAUAACUGACACCCGAGUGUAGCUUUCUCUUUUAUAAAACCCAGUGAACUUACUCAUGUGCAUUUGGAUGUGUGUUUGUGCUAUUUGUUUUGUCUUAAAAAUAAAGCCUUUAUUAUUUUAAAA